AAUCGCGCGCGUGGCUUGAGCCCGCGAGAGAUUGCCGCCGAUCCUGCACUGCUACAGCACGCGAGUGUGAUUAUGCCGACCGGUCAGUCGUGUGCCACUGUUGUACGCUCGUUGUUUCACGCUGUGUGACUGUGUGUUUGCUUGUCUUCUUUUUGGCGGAGGCGAAAUUCGAAGUUCGAGCUUUUUUUGGAGUGUGAGCGAACAUCGGAUCGACGCUUGUUUACAGUGAUAAAUAUACUCAUUUAGGAGAUCGUGGUUUUACAUCAUCAAAAACUUGACAUGAAAAUAAACAGCUAGACGAUAGACAAAGGAAGAAACAAUGAAGGCCCAAGUGGAUUACUCGCUCCUACGUCAGGUGCUGAUCGGCGUCGUUUGUAAUCUGCUGAUCAUCGACAGUGGCUUUCACGAGGGCUGGAGCACGCCGAUGAUCCCAAAGCUAGAACACGAUGACCCCGUACGGGUGAGUUCCGAGCAGGGCACCUGGAUCAUCAACCUGAUGUACGUGGGCGUGGGCAUCGGCUCGCUCAUACCGCUCAUGCUGAUGGACCGAGUGGGACGAAAGUGGACGAUGCUGAUCGCCGCGAUACCCAAGAUCAGCAGCUGGAUCACAUUUGCCUGUGCCCAGGACUACCUCGCCUUCUACGUGGGUCGUUUUCUCGCAGGUGUUGGUACCGGGGUUACCUACUGCGUUACCCCGAUGUACCUCGGGGAGAUCAGCACCAAACAGACGCGGGGUCCACUCAGUGCUUCCCUGGCAGUUUGGAUCAACAUCGGUAUGCUGCUGAUCUACGCAAUCGGACUCUGGACGUCUCGACUGACCAUGUCUCUUAUGGCUGUGACGGUCCCGCUGAUGUUCCUGAUGAGCUUCAUGUGGUUGCCCAAGAGCGCAGUCUUCCUUGCCAAGAAGAACCGGCUGGGCAAAGCCGAAUGCGUGCUCAAAUGGUCCCUGGGCCGAGAGGACGUGGAGGAAGAGCUCGAGGAGAUCAAGCGCAUAGUGUCCAGCGAGGAAACCGGCAAGAUCAGCUUCUGGCGAUCGCUGACGGAGGCAGUGGUCAGAGUGGAGAGCCGCAAGGCCUUCGGCAUCACUGGCAUCCUGUUGGGUGCCAUGAUCUUCUCUGGAGCGGCUCCCAUCCUGGCCUACCAGUCCUACACUUUCGAGGAGGCAGGUUUCGGCGUGUCGACAGACGUCUGCGUUCUGGGCUCUGGGAUGGCAAUCGUCGUCGCGGGACUGGCUUGCGUCAUUCUGGUCAAGCGAACCGGUAAGAGGAUGCUGCUGCUGAUCGCCGCACCGGUUACCGUGGUCAGUCUGUCGGUCGUGGCCGGCUUCUUCACCCUCAAAACCUGGGGAGUUGACGUAUCGAGCAUCAACUGGGUACCCACGGUCUUCAUCAUAACUUACGCUUUGGCCUACGGGGUGGCGCUGAAUCCUCUGCCGCUGAGCUACAUCAGCGAGGUCUUCCCGAUGGACGUGAAGGUCCCGGCCGCCCUGUACUGCUCGGUGUUUUACGCCAUGGGUAGCUUGCUCGUCGUCAAGAUUUACGAGGUCCUGAAGCAGUCUUACGGCUUGUACGUGCCUUUCUGGUGCUUCGCCGCCGUAACUUCCUUCCUCUGGCUCUUAAUCUACUUGUUUGUCCCGGAGACCGAGGGCAAGAGCUUGGAAGAGAUUCAAAUGGAGCUGCGCGGAAAGAGUACGCAGUCGACGAUAAGUGAAUCGAAGCAUCGCUAUUAGCGCUGCGACCCGUGAACCGCACUCCACGCCUCUGUAUACCUAUAUACCUAUAUACGCACACGCCAGUGUACACGUAUAUAGCUCUCCCGAUGCUGGCACGGCAGCCGACGAUCGAUGUAGCGGACCGGAUGCCUUGCCUCUACAUCUCUCGCAUCGUACUCUACUAUAUACACUUGCUGCGUAUAUGUACACGUAUAUAUAUAUGCACACAUCGCAAGUUCAGCUGGACAGUUAUUUUCGCUUUACGGAAUAACAGGUUUUUCGUUUUUUUUUCGAUGGACUGUAAAUCCUCUCGGGCGAUAUUGCGCGCGCUCUGAGUAGUGAUAAAUAUCGAUACGUGGCAUCGAUAUGCGACCUCUGCGCUAUUGUGAAAUGGCGAACUCGUAUAUGCGCGACGAUCAGUUUUCGAUGCGCGGUAAUGCUGCGCAGCUGAAAAACUCCGAUGUUCAAAGAGAGAUUCGCGUAGAAAUAUUAGAAUUAUUAUACGGUCGUGAAAAACGGGCGCAGUAGGUACAGACACGCCGAUGGUAAGAAGUAUAAAACGGGAUCUAGAUGCGACACUCGACGAUGUUCGCGCUCCUGGCGAUAUUGCGCGUCUGAAAUUGUUUGUCGUGAAUCUCUCCUCUUUAACGUUCUUUUUUCUGUUUCGCGCUCUAUGAAAUACUCAAGGUACUUGCGAGUAAAGUGUUGGUGUAAUUUUAUUUGUCUCGUAUUAUCGACGCUGCAAGGGAAAAAUGUUGUAGUAUCGACACCGAUCGAACGGUUUUUAGCGUAAUUGCAGGUAUUAUUUUAUUUUAUUUUUUAUUCGUUAAGCACACUCGUUUGUUAUUUUUAAAAUCGAUUUAGUAACGUUUCUAGUAUAGAUUUCAAUGCUACGGUAAAUUUUAGCGAUGUACUCGAGUACGUCGAUUUAAUAGUAUUAAGUUGUAUACGCUGUUGAUUAAGUUUGUAAAUAAAGAACUGUUAUAUAGAGUGAAUGUAACUUCUAUAAGCAUUUAACACCGACAUACGUAAUAAAAUGCAUAAUAAAGCGAAUACUA